GCCGCGGGCAACGCGAGCACAAUUCGCUUCGCGCGCCACGUAUGCAGCGCGAGCUGUGCAGUCCCGCGGGUUCCGUCAGAUAUCCGUUAUCCUGCUUUAUUGUUUGUUAGUAUUUUACAUCUUUCUACCGACAAACGUUUAUAUAUGUUGUUGUAUUGAGUCUAAGGUUACGCCAACCAAGCGCAUUUCAACUUUUUAAACUAGUUGUUGUGAUAAGCUGCGGCUCGGCGAAGUUUACCUGCUGGUGAAAGAAGAUGAGUCAGAAUAGAAAUGGCCAGGAAGAAGAACCUGUAUAUCUCACAAGUGAACCUCCAGCAGACACCAACAAGGAUCACCAGGCUCCCCCAGCUGGCAUGUUUUCUAGGAUGGCUGGUGGUCUCUUCAGUGUCACUAAGGGAGCAGUGGGGGCCACAGUGGGUGGUGUCACCUGGAUAGGAGGCAAAAGCCUGGAUCUGACUAAGACAGCCGUCACCUCAGUGGCAGCUGUCCCGGCUGCAGGCGUUGGGCUAGUGAAGGGGGGCGUGUGCGCUGUCGCCAGUGGGGUUUCUGCUGUGGGCUCUGCUGUGGUCAGCAAAGUACCAGUGGGUGGGGCCAAGAAGAAGGACAAAUCCGACUGAGGAGUUCAGUCUCAGGACAGCUUCUCCCUGCCAUCUCCUCCUGGGUGCCUUGCAUCCGCAAACAGCGAAUGGCUAGAAAGGAAAGCUAAGCGCUUGCUUUCCGCAAAGGAACACUGUGCCUCUUUGCGCAGCCCCUUCUCACCUGGUUCCCUCAGCCCGACUGCAUUGGGGCUUCCUACUUAACCUCGUAAAGGCUUCUGGGAUCUUUAUUGGCAGUCACUGGAACCAGUGCUCACAUGUGACGGCUGCUUUGAGGGUCCAGCAAAGAGGUGUUUUUUUUUUUUUUUUUUCUUCUUUCCCCCCCUCCCCCGUCAUGUCUUGAAUGUGAUUCUUUGGUGGGUGAUCACUUUGCUUGUCAUUUUGUGUGUCUGUUGUUGUCCUUGUUGUUGAGCCAUAAACGGUUAAUGCUGAGCCAUGAUGUGUGGAGGGGGGAAAUGUGUAGAUGGUGGUGUGCUUUGAUUUCAUAACCAAGCUCAGGUGUUGUGCUACUGCCAGCCCAUCAGUGUUUUUAAGCCCCGUUGCCUUCAAUGCAGCAGCUUUAAGGGCUUCAAUACAACCAUUAAAUUCCUGUUGUAGUGUUACAGUAACUCCUUUCACUGUUGGCAGAUCAGGAAUGACUAGACAGUCAGGAUUUAACUUGCUUGGAGAUGGUAGCCUUUGUUUAUUAAUCUAUUCAUGUAGACUUUAGAUUGAACUUUUAGUGUUUUUUCACUGUUAUUUACUCCUCUUGAUUUCUAAGUCAUCCUUAAAUCACUGAAUUAACUGAAUUGUUAUGCAUGGUGGGAUCUUUUUAAAAAUGAGUGUUUUGGCUUUAUUUACAAGGCCUUGGUUCUAUAGCUGUUGUCUCACCAACAUUUUUCUUAUUUUAUAUGCAGGAAAAUAUUGCUGUCGGUAGAAUCAACAUUAAACAGUACAGAGCCCUCUCAACACAAUUCAACUUUCCUGAACUUUUUUUUGGUAUGAAUGAAAUUCAGUUUUUAGAUCUGUCAUGUUGCUGACAUUUAUAUGGCACCACUUAAUGUCUAACCACACUUAGCUUAACUGUAUUGUUUUUGUUUUCAUUUGUUUUUCAACAUUUAUUAUAAAUGGAUUUUUUUUUUUUCUCUUGGUUACCUUUCAUAGUUUGUCUUCUUUUCAUAUGAUUUAAAAUCAUGCUGCCACAUGGCUGAAUGUGAAAUUGUGCUUUGACGUUAAAAUACAAUACAAAAAUAAACUAUUUGUACAUUUCUCUGUUAUAUCCUUUUAAGGGGAAUGUAUUGGUUGCAGUCCCAGAUACUUGUUUCUGGGGUUCACUCAAUAGUUCAAAAUGUUGUAAAGGAAUAAAAAUCUUGAGAACUGGUCAUUUAGUUAAGGCUAUGAUUUCUGGAUCAAUUCUUCUCAAUCUCCUGAAAAUGAAAGUUUUGUUCAACACCAUCUGCAAUGAUUCUUUGUUUUCUAUUUGAAUCUCACUUCUAUAGACAGCUGCUUAGGUGAUGUGGACCAGCAACAUGGUGGUAUUAAACAAGCUGUGCUUUGAUUGUGUGUUUGAUAGUUCCCUUAAAUAUACUUAAAAUUAAGGACCUAAUUUGCCAAUAUGGAGAAAAAUGAUUCCCUCACACCUCAUAAAAUGCCAGAUUGUUUUUUACUGCAUAUAUUGACUAUGUUGCAAGAAAAAAGGAACCGUUGGGUAAGUGUACAAAUAAUUUUAUAGCGCAAACAAUGAAAGAUGAUGAUUCUGCUCUUUUCACAUGUGCAGAUGCAGUCAAAGAAAUUUUUGUGACAGAUUCCCUUACUUCAAUGUGGGCAGAGCUGAGAAGCAAGACUUUUACCCUGAUUUGGUUUGUGAUUUUGAAUACUGAGCUGAAAGGAAACGUUUGCUGUAAAGAGAAUGGUUUCAUGACUGUCCGCUGGUCUCGGGUCCUUAUGCAGCAGGCCUAGGCAUGUCCACCUAUGGAAGCAGGUGGCUCCAUACUGAAGUACUACAUAAUAGAACUAGAAUUAUGAAAUAUUUACCUUAAGUACAUGUUAUACUGUUGACUUGGAGGGGAGACAAACAUCUUUUUACUGGAUAUUGAUGACGUAUAGAGGCUUAUUUCAAGUUUUAAUUAUUCAGUAAUGGUUAGCUGUUUCCCCAA